UGCAUUCCCUUACUCCGUUGCAACACUCCUCAUCUCCCUCGCUCACUCCUUCCCUCCCACUCUGUCUUCUGUUUGCUCUGUUGGCGUAUUUGAUUCUUUAAAACCGUUUUCAGAGGAUGUGAGGAAGACGAAAGGUUGAGUUUGCUUCAGCGUUGGACAGCAUGUGUACCGCUCUCUCCUCUCCGGCUGACACUUCCCCCUCUCCUCCAUAAUCCCCCCCUUUAUACCUCCUUUCAUCCUUUGCUUGAGGACUGUCUUCUCCAGCGACAUGUAUUCCCUGGACGAUUUCGGUGAACAGAGUAUCUGCCAGGCGCGGGCCUCGGUGAUGGUCUACGACGAUGCCAGUAAGAAAUGGGUGCCCAUCAAGCCCGGGCAGCAGGGCUUCAGCCGAAUCAACAUCUACCACAACACUGCCAACAACACCUUCAGAGUGGUGGGCGUCAAACUGCAGGACCAGCAGGUUGUGAUCAACUACUCCAUAGUGAAGGGCCUGAAAUACAAUCAGGCCACCCCGACCUUCCAUCAGUGGCGUGACGCCCGCCAGGUCUACGGGCUGAACUUUGCCAGUAAAGAGGAGGCCACCACCUUCUCCAACGCCAUGCUGUUCGCCCUUAACGUCCUCAGCUCGCCUGACAGUGGAGGUCCAGUCGUCCAGCGCCAAAAUGGGCCCUCCUCAGAUGAAAGCGAGGCACAGAGGAGGAUGAUGGAGCAACAUCAGAUGCACAAGGAGAGGGAGCGACGAACGUCAGGAUCAGUCGUUUCCACUCUCCAAUAUAAAGUGUCCACCCCUCCCACCCACCCAGACACUCCUCCCGAGUACAGACAGUACAGAGCUAGCACACUGCCACCAUCCUACGUCCGUGUGGCCUCCUCCUCUCCUCCCUCCUCCUCCACCUCCUCCUCUCCCUCUCAGGAGAAAGAGGUGGGGGCUGCUAGGGACAGGGCCCAGCUAUCCUCCCAGCUCUCCACCUCCCUCGCCUCAGCCUUUUCCCCAGUCCAGGCAGGAGUGACCACCCAGGGCCGACAGGUCCGUCAGAUCCCCCUGUCUCCUCCCACCGCAGCCCGCCACCUACACCUGCAGCAACAGCAGCAACAAGACAUCAUGCUCCCCCCUAAACACGGCACCUGGUCCGCCUCCCAUUUGCAGCAAAUGUACGCCCAGUUGCCCCCUUCCGCCUCCCCUCCAGUUAUGAUGGCCAUGCCCGUGAAGCAGGGUCUGCCCCAACAGCCCACCCUCCCUUUGGCUCACCCCCUUCCGCCCCUGAGCACUAGGAUGAAGCCCCCACCGAUUGACCCAAAUGCCGUGACGGGCCAUCACCAGUACCCCCAGCACCAGCCCCACCCUCACUCCAACGGCCAGCCAGACGGCUCCUACUCUCCUCACUCUCAGCAUCUACCACUCACCCCGCAGUACUGCGAGGCCAUCCCCUUGCCUCCUCUGAUAGGUCAGACAGCCCCAGGCCCCGCCCCCAGCCAGCAGCCCCAGUACCCAUCCACCUUCCACCCUCAGCAGCAACCGCAUCCGCAACAACAGCAGCAGGUGUACCACCAGCAGGCCCAGCCCCCCACCACCACUUCCUCCUCCUCCUCCUCCUCGCCCCCCUCUUACACUGCCAUGUCUGACGGGGGCUCACCCAAGAAGACCCCCUCCCCCGCCCCCCAGCAGGCCCCCACGGUCAGCAGCAGCCCCCCUGUCUCUGCAGGUCAUCCAGCUAUGCUUUCUGUGGCGCCUCCUCCAGCUGCAGUUCCAGCACCCAUGGCUGGGCCUCCAGCCCCACCACCGCCUCCGGGGCCACCGCCCCCAAUGGCCGUGCCCCCACCCAUGCCCCCUCCACUGCCCACUGGUGGAGGGCCUCCUGGGGGCCCGCCCGGGGCCCAGCACCAACCCUCAGGUCUGGCUGCAGCACUGGCUGGAGCCAAACUACGUAAAGUACAUAGGGAUGAGAGCAGUCCGCCCGGAUCUAGUGGCAAAAGUGACUCCAACCGGUCUAGUGGUGGCAGUGGAGGUGGUGGGGAGGGACUGAUGCAAGAGAUGAAUGCCUUACUAGCUCGCAGACGGAAAGCGUCAGAGAAACCUGAUGAAGACGACUCUAGUGGUAGAGGGCCAGGCCAGCAGAACUCAACAGAUGCUGUGAAGAAGCCAUGGGAACGAUCCAACUCUGCAGAAAAGUCCUCACUGGUGUCCAGAGUGAGACCCAUUGGCAGCACUAGUGAAUCAGACACAGAAUUUGACAGGAUGAAACAGGAAAUUUUGGAUGAAGUUGUACGUGAGUUGCAUAAAGUGAAAGAUGAAAUCAUCAAUGCCAUCAGACAAGAAAUCGGCAGAAUCAGUACAUCCUAAUCUCAUCUGAGCAACAGUAGGAGGAGAGCAAGAGGAGGAGCUGGAGGAAGAUGGACAUGCAGAUGCACAGACACGAGGACCAGGGGAAUGUUCUCUCAAUGUUUCUGUGACCUCGCGACGCCAUGAUGGAAGUUACAGAGAUGUUGUGCCAACAUUUGAGUCUGCUGGACAGCAAAAAUGGAAGAAAAAGACAGCGAGAGAGAGGGUUAAUGAGACAGAGGAGCAGGAGAAACAGAGGGAUUAAGAAAGUUUAAAGGACUGACGAACUCAAACAGAGGAUGAAAGAUACACUGAAAGAUGAAUUGAGGGAUGGACGGACAUUCGUGCUGAGUGUGGUGUUGUGGUCCUCUCUGUGCACCUAUAGACUCAGUCAGCCCGGUGUUGCAACUCUUUGUUCUCUGUUCAGUCCAAGUCUUAAGAAGAAAAUAUUUUUGUUUUCUAAGUUUUUACUGUUUUAUUAUUUAAAAACUGUGGUGAUAAUGAUGAUGCUGUUGAUGACAAUGAGUAUUUUAUUGAUAUUAUAGAAGGAGAAAGGAAUCUUGCACACCAGUUAUGUCAGCCUUUUAUAUUUUCUAUUAUUAUGUUUAGUUUAUCCCUAUUUCAUAAUAACAAGCACAAUAUGGGCAUAAUGGUGCUGCAGACUCACCUGCCCUCAACUGGCGUAUUUAAAAAAAAAAAAAAAAAAAGAAAAGAAAAAAAGCAGGCUUUUUAUGACCUUGUUCAUACUGGUGUUGUGUGUCUAACCUUUUCUCUCCAGAGAUGUUGGAAAACAUGUUAAUGUCUGAACCACAAUUAGCCACUUAAAUUACCUCUUUCCUCCACAUUUGGGGCUUAAAACAAGCAAAAAAAAUUCUUUUUUUGGGCAAUUAAUCAAAUAACAGUCUGCUGUACAACUCCAGUGUGACCGAGGAACACGUUUCUCUCUACCUGUUCAGAUGUGCGAGAUCAUUGAAACCUGGGGAUCAUUCACAAAACAGGCCGAUAACUGUAAAUGUGCCACCUGGUUUUACCUAGAUAUAAAACAAUGUAGUACUAUCUAUUAGCCAUCCUAUGCUUUGUGAACCUCCCGAGUAUGCAUGAAACCCCUAUCUCUAUGAAUUAGUUUUUUUAUUUGGUUUGAAAAAAAAUUAAAAAAUACGAACGGUGGUACAUUUAUUAUAGUGGUUUGUUUCCAUGAAGAUUCCCCUUUCUACAUAAGAGAUGUUGAACUUGAUAAUGGUAGCAAUGUGAAAACAAUUAAAGGGGGGUUGCUCUGGCAAUAUGCAAAUCUUACCUAGAUAAGAAUGUGCAGAAAGUGAAUGGUAGGCCUAUGUGAUGGUAGCUAAAUGUGUCUUUGAAGGAAGGAUUUGGUUGAAUAUCGGUUGUUGCAUUCUAUCCACUCUGUCCGCUCUCAACUACGUUCUGAUUUAAAAGCUGGAAGUAAAUUCAUUCAAACAAAAACAAUAGACUUGUCAACCAUCUACA